UGAGCUCAGUUUGCAAAAGCAAAAGCAUGAUGGUCUUUGUGAACAACCUCGAGUUGGACACUGUUGUGCAUGUUUUCCUUGUGACCCAUAAGCUCAAAAAAGGGAAGGUUGGAAAAGAACAACACUCUAAGGGGAAGAUGUACUGUCCCUUCUGUGGACACGUCUUGAUGGAUAGCCCUGCUUUUUGUAGCCUGUGUGGCAAAAACAUAAAAUUUUUAAAGGACAUCACCAGCAAUGUGACCAGAAAUUCUGCUGUUGAAGAGGCAGCAGCUGUUGCAUCGUCCAGUUCCACUGUACUGACCAGCACAAGCAAACAGUCUAGUUAUGCCGGGAAAUCAGUUGUGGAGUCAUUUAUGCAGUUUAGGGAUGUGAAAGAAAGGGAGAGAAAGUCAUUCUUUUCAAAGAAACAUCAGGGACAGAAGGAACAGAAAACAGUUAAGAUUCACAUUGGCAUCAUGAAAAGGACCAGUGAUGGUGUUAAAUCUGUCAGAGGAAAGAUACUUCCUCUUGAAGUUCAGUCUCACUGGUCAUCAGAGCAAAUCCUGGCUGCCAGUGUGAAAAAACAUAAGGACUUUAACCAGGACAUGGAAGAUGAACCCUAUGUACUGCUAUACCCUGAUGCAAGGGAAGUUAGCACAGUUCCUGGAACCAAUAGCCCUUUCACCGUCAAAGAAUACAAAGAUGCCCUAGGGAAACCCUAUCAAAGAAUAACUCUGUACAUUUGUAGCCAUGAGGACUUCUUUAAUACUGAUUGCAACACAGAGUUGGGGUCUGAAGAAGACAGCGUGGUUCAGGUUAAAACAGUAGGAAGUCCACUUUCUGACACUGUGGUAUGGGACUUUCCAAAUAAUCACAGCACCCCAGAAACGGCAAAUUCAAGAAAUAGGGCAUCGAGUAAUGUCCAACCUUUGUCUGAGAGUCAAGGUGACUGCUACAGCAAAUAUACAAGUGUUUAUGCACCCAUUGUAAUUGAUAGUGACUCUGAUCAAGAAGUUCUCAUUGACAAUGAUGACGAGGAAACACACAGCACUAAUGGCCUAACUGCUGCAGAUGUUCUUGAAGAGCUGGCCUCAAAGAUAAACAAAAAAUCUGUCAGCAGAUUUAAUAUAAACAGGGCAAAUGUUUGGGAUGGAGCAGCUCGGGGCUUUAGACGUGUAUCUUACAACCCAGCAGAUGACAUACUUGUCAAGUUUAGCGAUGACACUGGACAGCAUGAAGAUGGAAUGGAUAAUGGUGGUCCUAAACGUGAAUUCUUGACUUUAUUAAUGAAAUGUCUUCGAUCACGACGGAUCUUUGAUGGACCUGAAGACAGCAAGUUUCUCACAUUUGACAGUGCCGCUGCAAGAGAGGAUGAAUACUUCCUUGCUGGCAGAAUGAUUGCCUCAUCAGUGGUCCAUGGUGGGCCUGGGCCUGCCUUCCUCUCCAAGACACUCUACCAGCAUCUGAUUGGGACAACAAAGUCUGAUGUUGAGGUCACCAUUGAAGAUAUAACUGAUGAAGCUACAAAAGCUUUUCUGUUGGAAAUAUCAAAUGCUGCAACACUGAAGGAACUUCAAGAGUACAUUGAGAAACAUUCCAGCCUCUUGCAGACAGCCGGGUGCUAUGGAUUUCCUGACAGUUUAGAUGGUAAAGAAAAGAUCAUUAAGGACUACCUUCAGUGGUACAUCAUAUACCGCAACCACUUCUCAAUACAAAGAUUCAAGGAAGGCCUUGCAACACUUGGUGUCAUCCAUGCCCUGCAGCAGCAUUCGUUCUUGUUUCAGCCCUUCAUGUGCUCAAGGGCAGAGCCGCUGACUUCUGCUAUAUUGGAGGACGUUUUUUCAGUUGUGCUGAGUGAACCUGGCAGUUCACGGCGACACGAAGAGAACAGAGUGCUUGGGUACUGGAGAGACUAUCUGAUUGACUCGGAAGAUAACAAAACGGCAGUCUCCCUGCAAGAACUCCUGAUGUUUGCGACAGGCUUAAACAGCAUUCCACCAGCUGGAAUGGAACCCAAACCCAGAUUGCUCUUCGAUCACUCAUCUCGUUUUCCACUUGGGAAAACAUGUGCAAACACCAUAGCAAUUCCAGUGGCUCAGUCAUAUGACCAGUUCCAGGCUGACAUGGACUUUGCAAUUCUUAACUCUCCUGGUUUUGGCCUGUAUUGAUUGCUUGGGUCCUGUACAAUAUGAUGCUUGCAUCUUGAUUUGUUUAUUACGACUGCAUUGUCGUAAGUCUUACAGUAAAUGUGUUUAAAGUUGUCGGUCAGUAAGAGGCUAGAUAUCCCUUUUGGUUACUGUCUAAAAAAUAAAAAAGGGACGGCAAAUUUUAUUAGUUUCCUUCUGGCACCAUGGCUUUACAAAGAAAUACUUUUGCACAUCUGUUGUCGUGUCAGUACAAACUACUUGGACUGAUGGUUAAGGUUUGCAAUAAAUGUGUUCUGGUUUUCAA